AUGGUUCGGCUCACGCUCAUCACGAGGCUGGUGGAUGGCCUGCCCCUGGCCGAAGGGCUCGACACGGAGCAGUCACAGGAGAUCGACGCGUACAAGCAUAGUGCAAAGGACAUCCUCAAGCGCAUCUCGGCGGGAGGGCAGCCAACACGGCUCUCGAUUGACGCAGGGAAGUACGUGUACCACUACAUCAUCGAGCAGGGCGUGUGCUACCUGACGCUGGCAGAGAAGGCGUACCCGCGAAAGCUGGCGUACGAGUAUCUGGACGAGCUGGUGAAGGAGUUUCAGCGGCUGUACUUGGACCAGAUCGACAAGGCGACGCGGCCGUACGCGUUCAUCAAGUUCGACACCUUCAUCCAGAAGACGAGGAAGCUCUACCUCGACACGCGCACGCAGCGCAACCUGGCGAAGCUCAACAACGAGCUGCGCGAGGUCCAUCAGAUCAUGACGACCAACAUCCGCGACGUCCUGGGGCAGGGCGAGAAGCUCGAACGGAUGCAACAGAUGUCGUCGGCGCUGAGCCAAGAGUCGAAGAAGUACUCGAAGAAGACGCGGGACAUGUACUGGCAGGCCGUCGUGCGGCAGUACACGCCCCUCGCCGCCAUCAUCCUCAUCGCGCUGCUCGUCAUCUGGAUCCGAUGGAAGCUGUGA